AUGCAGUAUCUCCUUUUCUCGGCGCUAGCUUUAAGCACUGGCGCCCAUGCCUAUGGUUCAGGUAGUGGCGGCUGGGAUACAGCUUACUCAAGAGCCAGAACAGCCUUGAACAAGCUGAACCAGACCGAGAAAGUUGGGAUUGUCACCGGUGUGACCUGGGAGGGAGGACCCUGUGUGGGCAACACCUAUGCCCCUAGCUCAAUCGACUAUCCUUCUUUAUGUCUUCAAGACUCGCCUUUGGGUAUCCGUUUUGCCAACCCCGUGACAGCAUUCCCGGCAGGGGUUAACGCAGGAGCAACAUGGGACCGUAGUCUUCUAUAUGCACGCGGUGCUGCAAUGGGCCAAGAGGCAAAGGGUCUCGGUGUUCAUGUGCAACUAGGACCAGUAGCUGGACCUCUGGGGAAGAAUCCCACUGGUGGGCGAAAUUGGGAAGGAUUCUCGGUUGACCCGUAUCUCAGUGGUGUAGCCAUGGAAGAAACAAUCCAGGGCAUGCAGACCUCAGGUGUUCAGGCUUGUGCCAAGCACUGGCUUGGAAACGAACAGGAGCAUAACCGCGAUACCAUCAGCUCCAAUAUUGGAGAUCGCGCCGCACACGAGUUGUACGUGUGGCCAUUUAUGAAUGCCGUCAAAGCCAAUGUUGCGUCGGUGAUGUGCUCUUACAAUAAGGUCAAUGAGACCUGGGCUUGCGAGAGUGAUGCCAUUUUGAAUAAACUCAUGAAGACGGAACUUGGAUUCCCAGGAUACGUUGUCAGCGACUGGAAUGCGCAGCACACUACUGCCAACAGUGCCUUGGCCGGUCUUGAUAUGACCAUGCCAGGCAGUGACUUCAAUUCUCCACCUGGUAGCAUCUUUUGGGGAUCAAACCUCGCCAAAGCUGUGGCCGACGGCUCAGUCCCACAGUCUCGCCUUGACAACAUGGUCACUCGUAUUCUCGCCGCUUGGUAUCUUCUUCGCCAGGACCAAGGCUAUCCCGAGGUCUCGUUCAGCUCUUGGGAUGGUGGCAAGGCGACAGUUGAUGUGACUGCCGAUCAUGCCAGUGUCGUCCGCACUGUUGCCCGGGACUCUAUUGUUCUGCUGAAGAAUACUGGAAAUGCUUUACCGCUUCGACGACCUAAGAGCCUUGCUAUCAUUGGAGAGGAUGCUGCUGUUAACCCUGAUGGACCGAACGCAUGCAGUGACCAUGGCUGCGACAACGGCACGUUGGCUAUGGGGUGGGGUAGUGGCACUGCUCAGUUCCCUUAUCUCGUUGCGCCUCUCGAUGCAAUUCAAGUUCAAGCCAAGAAGGACGGCACGAAGAUUAUUCAGAGUGCGACUGAUAGUACUACUGAUGCUUCCGCUGCUGCCGCUGCCGCCGAGACUGCCGUAGUGUUCAUCAACUCCGACUCCGGUGAAGGUUAUAUUACAGUGGAAGGCAAUGCUGGAGACAGAAACAACCUUGACCCUUGGCACAACGGGAACGAACUUGUCAAGGCUGUCGCAGCUGUCAACAAGCAUGUAAUCGUCGUUGUCCACAGCGUGGGUGCAGUCACCCUCGAGACAAUCCUGGCACUGCCAUCUGUGAAAGCAAUUGUCUGGGCAGGACUUCCGGGUCAAGAAAGCGGAAAUGCUCUUGUCGACGUGCUGUACGGAGCUGUCUCCCCAAGUGGCAAGCUUCCUUACACUAUCGCGAAAGCAGCCGAAGAUUACGGCACAACCUGGACCAACUCAGAGGUUGACGACUUUACCGAGGGUUUAUUCAUUGACUACCGCCAUUUCGACCAAAAUGGAAUUACCCCUCGCUACGAGUUUGGAUACGGCUUGUCUUAUACAGAGUUCGCCUACAACGGCAUUGCCGUUGAUGUAUUUGCCAGAGCGGGACCGUCAACCGGCAAAGUCGUCCCCGGCGGCCCAGCAGAUCUUUUCGAAUCUGUUGGAUCAAUUUCUACAACUAUCCGCAACACAGGUAAGGUAGCCGGUGCAGAAGUUGCUCAGCUUUACAUUGGUCUCCCGAACUCUGUGCCGGGUACUCCUCCCAAGCAGCUUCGUGGUUUCCAGAAGCUGUGGCUUAAUCCCAGACAAUCGAGCAGAGCUACUUUCGAGCUUACCCGACGUGAUCUAAGCUACUGGGAUGUGGCGAGCCAGAAAUGGGUUGUCCCUACUGGCACUUUCCGUGUUUACGUUGGAAGCUCCAGUCGUGAUAUCCGCCAGCAUGGUUCAUUCACUGUUGGCCGUUCAUGGGGCAACUAA